UGGAAAGGAGCGUGCAACAAGGAAAUGGACAAUCUGUGGAAACACAACGUCUACAAUCUGGUGCCCUUCAGCAGCGUUCCCAAGGGAGAGAAAAUCCUCGGAACGAAAUUCGUCUUCAAGAAAGAUCUGGACGGACGCUUCAAAGCUCGCCUGGUAGUCGGAGGAUAUCGUCAAGAGCCAGGACAGGACUACGGACGCAGCUACGCCCCAGUAUGCCGUAUCGGGGGCAUUCGCAUGACGUGCGCCAUUGGCUGCCACCACAACUGGCCCAUCUACCAACUGGACGUUGUCGGUGCCUUCCUGAACGCCCUCUGCGACAGAGAUGUGUACGUCAGACCCGCCCCCGGUACAUCCGCCAAGAACUCCGCGACGGGAGAACCCAUGGUGUACAAACUAGAACGGAGCCUCUACGGCCUAUCGCAAUGGAAAAGGACUCAAUCCGACCCCUGCGUGUACGUGUAUACCAGCGGCAACAUCAUCGUGAUUCUCACGGUCUACGUAGACGACAUUCUUAUCACAGGAGGAGACCAGCAGCUCGUGGACCAGAAGAAGAAGGAGCUCACGGAUCGAUUCGAGAUGACCGACAUGGGAGAGGUAAAGCGGAUCCUCGGGAUCGACGUGCAGCGGGACUACGAGCAAGGAACCCUGGCCAUUUCACAGGAGCACUACGUGAACACACUUCUGGAGCGGUUCGGAAUGCAAGAGGCCAACCCAGACCAAAUCCUAGGACCCACGGACAAGAAAAUCUACCAGUCGAUGACAGGAAGCAUCCUCAACCUGGCCCAGUGCACGCGAUUCGACCUCUCCUACGCUGCCCUACAACUUUCCAAGGCCUGCAGCAACCCAGCGCAGGUGAACAUGACAGCAGCCAAGCACGAUGUGCGAUACCUUCGGGGUAAUCCGGUUCUUCCUAUCGUCUACAAGAGAGGACAGUUUCGGCUAGCGGCGUUUACGGAUUCAUCCUUCGGAGCAAACCCCGACAACGGAAGAUCUACCACGGGAUAUCUCUUCUUUCUGGCUGGAGGACUCAUCAGCUACGGUGCGAAGACUCAAACUCUAACCGCGCAAAGCACGGUCGAAGCCGAGAUUCAAGCACUUAGCUACUCAGCCAGAGAGGCGGUCUACAUCUCAAAUUUUAUGACGGAACUCAACUUCAAGACCUUCGGAUCGGUUCCCAUCAACAGCGACAGCACCGGAGCGCUGACAGUGGCCGGGAAUGCCACGCACUCUCAACGCACGAAGCUCGUGGCCCUGAGGUACUUUUUCAUCCGGGAGCUAGUACUGCUGGGACAAAUCACUCUUCACCACCGGCCCAGCGAGCACCAGUUGGCUGAUANUAUGACUGAGCUCAACGUCAAGACCUUCGGAUCGGUUCCCAUCAACAGCGACAGCACCGGAGCGCUGACAGUGGCCGGGAAUGCCACGCACUCUCAACGCACGAAGCUCGUGGCCCUGAGGUACUUUUUCAUCCGGGAGCUAGUACUGCUGGGACAAAUCACUCUUCACCACCGGCCCAGCGAGCACCAGUUGGCUGAUAUCGCCACCAAGUUCCUCCCAAAGCACCGAUUCGUCUCCAUCAUUCAGCAGAUCAAGGACGUCUCGUGUUGAUCGGAGAUCUGUGAAGCUUCCUUCCAUACCCGCCAGAUGAGAAGGAAUUUAUUUUCGAUACGAUACCAACGGAGGCGUCGAGGUAGACAAGGAUAUGGUGAUGCCGUCGACCUUGUUGAAUUUGUUGCUUGAUC